GCCCCACCGGCCCGGCGCGGCGCCCCGACGACAAAGAUAGCACAGACGCCUAGCGGCGCCGUCGCCGCCCCGCCGACCACCCGACCACGCGGUGUGCGAGAGACAGCCGGUGGCGCGUUGCUUCCCGCUAACGUCGGCUGGGCGUUCCCCGCCGCCGCCCCGUCCGAACUUUGUCCGACGCGACCGAGUGCGUCUCCCCGGCCCCGCACCGGGACGCACCACCGGGCCGCACCUCCGCGCACGACGGGUGCGGCCGGCUCGGGCUGACCCCGGCCCUCCCGGCCCCGCCCGGCCCGCCCAGGAUAAGUUAUGCACGUCCGACCGAGCACCACCGGCACCGCCGAGGCGGGCCGCGCGGGCCGCGCGCGUGGGGCGCAAAGUGCUCUGUUCGGCGCGGUCGGCCCGGUGCGGAGGGAGUGACUCGCCAGUCCGCGCGAGGAGCACGCAGAGCGCGGCGGAGCCCCGCUGAGUCCCGGCGUACGACACGCUCCGGACACGGUCGCGCGCGGCCGCCCCCGCCCUCGCGUCUGCCGCGUUAUUCGUUCAGAGCCGUGCGUGGCUGCUGCGUCGCCCCUCGCGGACCAUGUAGGCAGCUCGCGCCGCUCGUCCACCUGCCCGGUCCGGCUCAGCGUGCGCUGGUUUGUUUUCCAACGCUGAGAUGGGAGCGGCUGCGGAUGCUGGCAGGAGCUAACCAGCCGCCGAGUGUGCGCACCUCACGCCCAGGCCAGGCCGGCCACUGAACCGUCCCACUCCGGGUGACAGUCUGCCACGGAUGCGGGCCCCGAGCCUGCGGUUCGCCGCGCCCCUCCUGCUGCUGCUGUUACCGGGCGGACCUGAAGCUCUGAAGCUGGGCAGACCACCGCACCGGGUCCGGGUGCGCGCAGCCAUAGGCCUCGCCCUCAGCCCUGACCGGGGACCGCAACGACACUCCUUGAGACCCGCCAGUUCUCGGCGUGUUCUCGCCUCGUGCCCACACCGCCAGCCACCAUGCCACCCGAACAGGCUGGCGAAAAGUCGGCCCUCCCGCUCCUGGAGAGGGGCGAGGAGGCCACCGUCGUUCCCAAGGGCGAGUCCGGGAGGGGCCUCUCCAGGACGUCGACGGCCACGGGCGUAGCGGGCCUCGUGCCGAACGCGCCUCCUCUCCACUGGCACCUCUUGCUGGCCGGAGUCGCCGCUAACCUCUCGGCCGUGUGUGGUGGCUUCGUCUACUCGUGGUCAUCGCCCGCGCUGCCGCAGCUGCAGAACCCGGAGGGCCCAGCCGGCUUCGUGAUCACCGCCGACGAGGCCGCGUGGGUGGCCAGCCUCACCCCGUUGGGUGGCGCGUUCGGGCCUAUCCCCGGCGGUCUCUUCGCCGACAGGUUCGGGCGCCGGCCGACGCUCAUCUGCAGCGGGGUGCUCAUGCUCCUUGCCUGGAUCCUGGCGGCCGCGGCCAAUUCGGCGUACUGGCUGUACGCCUCGCGCUUCAUCGGUGGCUUCGUCACCGGGGUCGUCUCCUGCAUCCUGCCCUUGUACCUGGGGGAGAUCGCCGUGGACCGCGUCCGCUCCGCGCUGGGCACGGCGAUGCAGCUGUCUCUGACGCUGGGCUUCAUGGUGCCGUACGCGGUGGGGCCGUACGUGUCGACGACGUGCCUCGCCAUCGUGCUGGCCUCGUGCUGCGCGCUGUACUGCGUGGCCUCGUUCGUGCUGCCCGAGUCACCGUACCUGCUGUGCCUGCACGGGGACUCGGAGGCCGCCUCCGCAGCCCUGCAGUGGCUGCGCGGCCAGCGCCGCGACCAGUGCUAUAAGGAGCUGCGUCGCAUGGAGGAGGAGACCCAGGGCCGGUCCCAGCGCAGCUCCGUGCUGCAGACGUUCCCCCGCAUAUUCGCGACCCGAGGCGGCCGGCGCGCCUUCGGCCUGGUCUGCGCGCUCAUGCUGUUCCAACAGCUGUCCGGCAUCAACGCCGUCCUCUUCUACGCGCAAGACAUCUUCAAGCGCGCAUUCGGUGGCUCCCCCUGGCUGUCGCCCGAGCUCUGCGCCAUCGUCAUCGGCCUGGUGCAGGUCGUUGCCUCGGUCAGUAGUGUCGCCCUGACCGCGUGCGUCAGCAUGAAGACGCUCUUUGUCGUGUCCUCGUUGGGUGCCGCCGCGGCCCACGCGGCCCUCGGGUACUUCUUCUACCUGGUGGCGACGGGGCAUGACACCUCCUCCAUGGCGGCGCUGCCGCUCGGUAGCCUGUGCUUCUUCAUCGUGGUGUACUGCCUCGGCCUGGGCUCCGUGCCGUGGGCACUCCUCGGCGAGGUGUUCGGCACCGAGGUGAAGGCCGUGUCCUCGGCGUCGUGUGCGACAUUUUACUGGAUGAUCGGUUUUCUGGUCACGCUGUUCUUUGAACGGAUCAUGGAUUUCGUUGGUCCGGACUUCACGUUCUGGGGGCUGGGUGCCUGUUGUGUACUUUCCGCCGCCUUCGCCUUCACCCUACUUCCAAACACUAAGGGCAAGUCCCUCCAAGAGAUCCAAGACAUACUCAACGGGAGGAAGUAGGACUUUAGUCCCCUGUUUUGUACCUGUACUUUUAUUAUUGUGUUCCCGACAGUUUAAGAUUUAUUAAUAAAAUACGUCAAUGUAA